AUGGGUCUUGUGAAUACAUUCCUUCCGAAGGAAGACCGAUUUGCGGCCUUGUUGCUGUAUGGAAUGGUCUUUUGUACUUGUUUCAAUGGAUAUGAUGCUGGCAUCAUGACCGUGAUCUUGGCCGAUGACCAAUUCAUUAGCUACUAUGGAAUCAAUGACGCCAAGUCCGGUCUGGUAGCGGUGAUCCCCUGGGUUAUGACAGCGGUGGCCCAGAUAUUCUUCGGAGGCAUACUCGCCAGCUGGCGAGGACGUCUGUGGGCAUUGCGGAUUGCAAUCUGCAUUGUGAUUAUUGGAGUGGUAGUCGAAGUCGUUCCGAAUAACUUUGGUGUCUUGAUCCUGGGCAGACUUAUAACUGGUUUAGGCACUGGCUGCUUAUCUAUCGCUAGUAACCUCUAUGUCGCCGAGUGUGCGCCCACCAAGCUUCGAGGCAGUUUUGUCGGAACCGUUUCACAAUUUGGUUAUCAGCUAGGCACACUUAUUGCCUUUUGGUCUGGCUACGGAAUGUCUUUCCAUAAGUCCCCAUACAACAUUGCAUGGCGUGUAUCAAACAUCGUCCAGAUACCGAUUGGUAUGGCCUUUAUCGUCGUCUCGUUCUGGUAUCCUGAGAGUCCUCGAUAUCUACUUGAAAAGUACCCCGACACACCUGAGCGGGCUCUUGAGGUAUUCUGCAAGCUAAGAUCAGGAUCGAUCACCGACGAGCGCAUUUCUACAGAGUUCCAUGAAUUGGUUGCCUCGUACGAAUACCGCCGUCAAUGCGAGCCAGGAUAUAUUGGCCUUCUAAAAGAUAAGACAAUGCGCAAGCGUCUUGUUUUUGGGUUUUAUGCUGCAGGACUUCAGCAGUGUGGUGGCAUUGCAGCGCUUACUAUGUACGCCACGACAAUCUACAAAAGUCUCGGGUGGGACUCUGGCUCACAAGCGCUAGCCAUCAAUGGCAUACAGUCUUGCCUCCAGUUGCUUAUUGUGUUGGUUAACACUUUUACCGUGGAGCGGUUCGGUAGACGAGGUCUACUAUUGGCUGGUUUUUUAAUUCAGUCACUAUCGCUCUUAGUCAUGAGUAGUCUUUGUACUGCUUUCCCUUCAAAUGGAAACAGAUCUGCUGCGAUUGCGGAGGUUGCCAUGCUCUUCAUUGUCGGCUUGACAUAUUGCUGGUCCAAUGGUCCCAUCGCAUCUACGGUCGUCUCGGAAAUUUUCCCCCAACAUGUUCGAGAUAAGGCCUAUGGACUUUCGAUGCUUGGCCAAACGUGCUGGCUCAUCGUGCUAACAGAAUCAUGGCCUUCCUUCAAUGGCACUGUUGGGGGUAAAAGCUAUUGGCUUUUGUUUGGCCUCAACGCGGCGGCGGGUAUUUCGGUCUACUUUGUUCUCCCCGAGACCAAAGGUGUCUCUCUGGAGCGGAUGGAAAACAUCUUCGGGGGCACGGACUAUGUCGAGGCUGGCGAAGCUCAAGCCUCUCUGAAGCUCGAGGACCGGGCAUAUAUAAACGGAGAUCAAAAGACGCUCACUAAUCACGUCGAAAACACUCCCACUGACCCAUCACCGCAAAGAGUCUAG